AACCUACAAUGACCAUAUUUAAUAGCAAUAUUUUCUGUUGCCUAAAAAGCAAUUCAAUGUUUUAACGGAUGUCUAAAUGUUUUGCUUUUGGAGCCAUUAUUUUAGUUUUUUGUUGCCAUUUCUCAUAUUUUUGCAUUUGUUGUGUGCUUGUAGCUUCUGAACAGUUUUCAGGCUGGAACAGUUCUUCAGUUAAAUCGGGAAGAAGCCCUUUGCAGUCACUACAAGAAAAUGAACAGCUGGAACAGUCUGCAGUGCAGGCCACUCUGCAGGGUCGAAGGGAACUCCUGGAGGAAACCUGUCGCACCCACACCCACAAAAGACGAGUACUCAGCCCGGAGGACCUCCGCCACCUCAUAGUGGAUGAUAAACACAAGUUACUGUAUUGCUAUGUCCCCAAAGUGGCAUGUACAAACUGGAAACGUGUGUUGAUGGUGCUAACAGGAGAUGGGCACUAUCGCGAACCACUUGCUAUUCCAGCAAACGAGGCUCACAUAGUGGGGAACCUGCGUUCACUCUCGGAGUACUCCACAGCUGAGAUCAACCAGCGGCUACGCACAUAUCUGAAGUUUGUCUUUGUGCGUGAACCCUUCGAAAGACUUGUCUCUGCAUAUCGCAACAAGUUUACCCGUAGCUACAACACGGCAUUCCAUAAACGCUACGGGACCAAAAUCAUCCAGAGGCAUCGUGCGGACCCCCAGGCUGAAGCACUGGAAAAAGGCAACGACGUCUCCUUUGAGGAGUUUGUGUAUUAUUUAGUGGACCCCCAGACUCAGAAAGAGGAACCGUUUAAUGAGCACUGGGAAAGGGUUCAUUCACUUUGCCACCCUUGCCUGAUCCAUUACGAUGUGGUGGGCAAGUAUGAGACUCUUGUGCAAGAUUCACGUUACAUCCUGAAGUUAGCAGGUGCUGAAGAAGAGGUCAAAUUUCCCGCCAUGUCCAAGAGCACCAGGACCACGGGUGACAUGACUGCUAAGUUCUUCGACAACAUCAGUCCAUUUUACCAGAAGAAACUCUUCAACCUUUACAGAAUGGACUUCUUGCUUUUUAACUACUCUGUGCCGGCUUACUUGAAGUUGAGAUAAACAGUUCAGCGAGUUUCAACUGAUCAUAAAACUUGUACACAUGGAUGUGAAUCUUGCGGGCAAUGACUAAAAUUUAGCUUGUGUCUGGAUUUGAGUGAAUCGCCUGAGGGAACCUGUAGAGGAUGCACCUUGGAUAUGGCGUCUCCAUUGGUCUUUUGAAGUGAAAUUCAGCACUGUGAACAGAUUAGUGCUGGGUGGGGUGUUGCAUACCAUCCCAAAAGUUCACAAAAUACUGUCUGUAAUUCCUUUGGCAAAUGUCGACUGAGCUCCAAGUAUGUGCCUUUGUCCUUCUGAAUGUUGAUAAGUGAAGCAGGAUUCUUCAUCAACAGACAAAUGCUAUGAAUGUUUCUUCAACCAUCCAAAAUUAUAUUUAUGGUAUUGUUUACAUAGCAUAUUUAUUGUGGAUUUUGGUGUUGAACUGGAACCAGCAAAGCCUUGACAUUAAUCUCGAAGCGAUUCCAUGAAGCUGAUCUCAAAGCCUCCUUUCUAACAUUCCCUGGAUAUAUGGGCCUUUCGCACCACUUUAGUUCCAGAACUAAAUGUACAGUUCUGAAGUACUGGGACGAUUUUGCGUAAACUAUUUCCAAGUACCAUUUAAAGGGUUGCAUUCACACUGACGGUGUGUACUAGGACGUGACAUAAGCUGGUCAACAGCGAUGCCAUUUAUGCAUGCCAUUCAACAAUGAAAACAAAAAAGAACAACGUUAACAACAGGAGGAUGGAAUAUGCUGAGAUUGGACCUGUGUUUUUGUUGUGUCUUGCAGGUUUUGCAGUAAUGAGAAUGGAAUGUCGACAUAUACAUAAAGCAAUUGAAAGAACGGAAAGGAGGACUAAGAAUCUCCAAUGACAACUGGCAGCGCUACAUUUGCUACAAGUGCCUGCACUUCAGCAUCCAUCCAUCUAUCGCUGUUCAUCAUACUUGCGAAAUAAAUUGACACAAUGUUUACACAGCAUUUUAAAUCAUGGUGGGUGAGGGCGUUUUUGAACGUGUCUGGCCAACCAAUGUAUACUUACAUCACGGGUAGUACCAGUUGUACUGGUUAGACCCUGCUCUGGAGUAGGAGCUAAUUUGAUUUUCAAAAAGUAGAAGCUAAUUUGAUUCUCAAAAAAGGCAGUGGAACCGGAGUACUAAAAUCACACCUGAUUCCGGCAGUGCGAAAAUGCACCAAAGUGGGUAGUUCCACAAGUAGUUCUGGUACUAUGAAAAGGUUCCGGCGGUGCGAAAGUCCCUAUAGUUCCAGACCUCAACCUUACGCUCAACUCAAUAUGAAGGUAGUUUCCAAGUCUAAAGGUCAACUGGUUCAAGCAGAUUGCUGGUAAUAUGUUGGAGGGAGUCAAAGGUGAGGGAUGAAUUUAGACUUCUCUUUCAGUCGCAAACUGGACAAGGCUGUCUACCUUGGGCAGUUUAGAUGUUCUGGAAAUAAAUGGAGUUCUCAUAAAGUCUCCACUUUAUUUAGCAUGCAACGGGCUGUGUAAACAGUGCAUAGCUGUGGUUGGAGAAAGGUAGACCCUCAUCAGUGCGGGUCUUGUUGAGCUAUGGAUGCAGGGUGAGGUGAAAACUACUCGCUUGCCAUUGCAGGUCAAACAUCAGCAUGAUUCUGGGAGGAAACACUCGUUUUAUUAAUUUGUAAUAAGGGUUGAAGUGCAAUACAAUUUUUAGAGAGGUACCAGUAUGUGUUUGAGUCAGUAGAGGAUUAUCUUUCCCUUAGAACUCUUAAAGUGAGAGAAAAUCAAUCUCUGGCAGUAGAGUUUUACAUCUUAUUAGUUUUCGCGACUAUGUGAAAUGUUCUUUUAGUUCAUUAGCAUUUGGUUGAAAUGACCCUUGAUAAUUUAGGUAUGUCUUCUUUUCUGCAAAAAAAGCCGGUAACACUUUAUAAUAACUGCACACUAUUAAUCAUUAAUUAAGCAUUAGUAAACAGAUAAUUCAUAAUUUAUAAACAUUAAUAGACAGUAAUAAUCAGUUUAUAA